AUGCGAAACCUCAACCAAUUGAAGGCACAGAAAAAACGAUUACCGACCAAUAUCAAAACAGGGGAUCGGAGCAGAUUUAUUCACGAAAAGAAGAUCAAGAAAAUCAUUAAAUAUGUGAAAGAAUCGACUCAAAUCGCCACAUUCAUGGUCAUUGUCCAUCUGUCUCUAUUCAAGGAACAUGAUCAGGAAUUCUUGACACCCCAAGCCAUUCGGAAAAUUUUGGGUUUUUUCCAAAAUCUUUGGUUGAAACUCGAAAGUGGCCAGUCAAGCUUGAUUGAGAAAUACCCUUGGGCCAAACGAAACUGGUCUUUGUUGACCUUAGAAAAUCCUCACAGACUCCAUGUGGAUUUCAUACGGAAUCCCGAGGAUGUUUACCGGAUGGCGUUCAAUUUUGUUGGAUAUUGGGCGAAAAAAAAUGGCAAAGGUGUUAAAGGUUACGGCAGCAGUGACCACUUUACCAAUGUGAUGGCUACGAUGGACUGGAUGGUAUACUAUUCGAACUAUGAGAUCAUUUCUGGGAGUUUAAAACGGCGCAUCAAACGUACUCAACAAGGAGAAGAUUGA